UUUUUAAUCAAUAUGUGUUUACAAUAUAGGCAGAGACAGCAGCGAAUAGAAUAUGCAAAGUUCUGAAAGUGAAUCAGGAAAACGAAAGGCUGAUGGAAGAAUAUGAACGUCUGGCGUCUGAUCUGUUGGAAUGGAUAAGGCGAACCAUGCCUUGGCUGGCCAGUCGACAGACCGACAACUCCCUUGCCGGAUGUCAGAAGAAAUUAGAAGAAUACAGAACGUAUCGUCGUAAGCACAAGCCACCGCGGGUCGAGCAAAAGGCUAAACUCGAGACAAAUUUCAAUACUUUGCAAACGAAAUUGAGAUUGAGCAAUCGGCCCGCUUAUAUGCCAACAGAAGGAAAAAUGGUCUCCGAUAUAAAUAAAGCUUGGAAAGGCUUGGAGCUGGCAGAGAAAUCGUUCGAAGAAUGGCUGUUGUCGGAAAUGAUGCGCCUCGAACGCCUGGAACAUUUGGCUCAGAAAUUCAAGCACAAAGCUGACGCGCACGAGGAAUGGACCGCGGGGAAGGAGGAGAUGCUUACGUCGCAACACUUCCGGCAAUGUAAGCUUAACGAGCUCAAAGCUUUGAAGAAAAAGCACGAGGCUUUCGAGUCGGAUCUCGCUGCCCAUCAGGAUCGCGUAGAGCAGAUAGCUGCUAUCGCUCAAGAGCUCAAUACUUUGGAAUAUCACGAUAGUGCGUCGGUUAAUGCUAGGUGUCAACGAAUUUGCGAUCAAUGGGAUCGUUUGGGUACUCUUACCCAGCGCAGGCGUCAAGCUCUAGACGAAGCUGAGCGUAUCCUUGAGAAGAUCGACGUUCUGCAUUUGGAAUUUGCUAAGCGAGCUGCUCCAUUUAAUAACUGGUUGGAUGGAACCAGGGAAGAUUUAGUAGACAUGUUUAUCGUCCACACGAUGGAGGAAAUCCAAGGAUUGAUGGAUGCUCACGCAGCGUUUAAAGCGACUCUCGGCGAAGCUGAUAAGGAAUACAACGCCAUUGUUGGGCUGGUGCGCGAAGUCGAGUCAAUAGUCAAACAAUUCCAAAUCCCUGGAGGACUUGAGAAUCCGUACACCACCCUGACCGCUUUGGAUCUUACGAAGAAGUGGAGCGAUGUGAGACAACUUGUGCCCCAACGUGAUGGUACGCUUCAAGCGGAGCUUCGUAAACAACAGAACAACGAACUGCUCCGACGACAAUUCGCCGAGAAAGCUAACGCGGUUGGGCCGUGGAUAGAACGCCAAUUGGACGCAGUUACAGCCAUUGGCCUCGGUCUUCAGGGCACUCUGGAGGAUCAACUGCAUCGUUUGAAAGAAUAUGAACAGGCUGUCUAUCAGUACAAAGUUCAUCUCGAGGAACUCGAGAAGAUUCAUCAAGCUGUUCAAGAGGGUAUGAUAUUUGAGAACCGAUAUACUCAAUACACCAUGGAGACAUUACGCGUUGGAUGGGAACAAUUACUCACUUCUAUAAAUCGUAAUAUCAACGAGGUAGAAAAUCAAAUUCUUACCAGAGAUUCGAAGGGUAUUACGCAAGAGCAACUUAACGAAUUUCGUAGUAGUUUCAAUCAUUUCGAUAAGAAUCGUACAGGUAGAUUGGCUCCUGAUGAGUUCAAGUCUUGCCUCGUUUCGCUUGGAUAUUCGAUUGGAAAGGACAGGCAAGGCGAUAUCGAUUUCCAACGUAUCCUAGCUAUUGUUGAUCCAAAUAAUUCUGGUUACGUACACUUUGAUGCGUUCCUAGACUUCAUGACUCGUGAAUCUACAGAUACGGAUACGGCUGAACAAGUUAUCGAUAGUUUCCGUAUACUUGCCGGGGACAAGCCGUACAUCUUGGCAGAUGAACUGAGAAGAGAAUUGCCACCUGAUCAGGCUGAAUAUUGUAUUCAGCGAAUGCCACCUUAUAAAGGACCUAAUGCAAUUCCUGGAGCAUUAGAUUAUCGUUCGUUCUCUACCGCUCUAUAUGGUGAAUCGGAUUUGUAAAGAUACGUGUUAAAAAUUGAGAGAACUUUUUGGACGAUUUCCAUUAAAAAAGAGAAGAAAAAAAAAAAGAAAAAAAGAAAAAAAACGGAUCAAAUGUUAUUCGAAACAUUCGUCACGGUUUUUGGUACUCUGAUGCAUCUUUAAUUUUAAUUAAGAAUCUCAAUACGAUAAAAAAAAAAAUAGCUUAGCCUAAAAAGAUAUAAUGUUCAAAACGUUCGAGAUAAAAAAAAAAAAAAGGUCUAAUUUGUUUAUACGUGUCACGAGUGUUAGCAAUUUUUUAUUCGUGAUAUUUUUUUAACGUAAAGGAACCCGAGAGCUGUAAUCGAUAAACAUUGGUGAACAUCGUUUACGAUGUCUAUCAUUGUUAAGAAAUUAAAAAAAAAUCGAUAAUGCUUGAUAAAGAGGGUCCGGUACUUAAAUAAAUAAGUCUGUACAGUGACAAUAAAUGUACAAUUUUAGAUACCUUAACGUUAAAAGAAUAGCACACAAUCAAAUACAUCAUGUUCUUCUAGAACGUUUGCUUCUUGCCUAUGUCUGCGAUGAGUCCUAUAUAAUUAGUAAGUUAAUAUUUCAAUUGUAUAUAAACAUGUCCGAGAAGUCACACGAGUACCAGUAAUAGAGAGAAAAAAAUAAUAAGCAUUUCCUUUUCGCAAGCGUUCCAGAAAAGGAUAAAACUGUACUGUUCCAUAAAUGAAUAUUGUAUUGUAAAAUGAGCAAUUUAAUUAAAUGGUUUAUUAUUGUACAAUUUAUUACGUGCGCCGAUAUUGCAGCCUUUACGCAUAUUACUAAGAAAGAAAUCGUUAUAAUACGUUUAUAAUAUUUGUAUUUGUUUUGACAAAGAUGAAUUGAAUUCAAAUUUUUUUAUCAUUAUAUCAAAGUAUAAUUUAAUUUUCUUUCGAUUCAUCUAAGCGAAACGAUUAUUUGAAUAACGUGAUAUGAGAUGUGUAUCUCACAGUUCCUAAAUAUAAUCGAUGGAUUUUUUUUAUUAUUUUCAAUUUUAAAAUGAAUUUUUCUUUUUUCUUUUAAAAAAGAAACAGAUAUGAUUCGAAUACAAGGCGCAAAUCGAUGUUCGUAAAAUAAAGCGAAAAUUCAUAAUAUGUGUAUAAAUUAAGAUUAUUAACAAUGUAAUAACGAUGAAUUUUUGAAAAUGCGUACGUAUGUACGAAAACGACCUUCUCGCUAAGGAUCCAGAAAAAAUAAUUACGCUCGAAAUCGAACAUAACGUUCAUAUUUUUUUAUAAUUAAGUGGUAUUACGAAUUCUUAAACGAGAAAGCCGCUUUUAUCCUUUUUUUUCGUAAAUCGCAUAUUAGAUAAUAAUGCGAAACGAUGCUAAAGAAAGCAAAUUAUUUAUUUAUUUUGAAUGAAAUAAUUAUUUAUUAUUGUUCCGAUAUAAUUAAUUACCGAGUAGUAAACGAAGCCACUUUUUCAAAGUAUUUAUUUUUAUAAAUAUUUGAGAGAAGUGAAGAUAAACGAAAGGCCACUGUAAUAUAAGAAUUAUUAUUGUAAAAUUUCCAAAUAGCAAUCGCCAUUUUUUUUUUUUUUUUUUUUUUUUUGUGUUCACGUGUAUUAGAUCACACAAUUUGUAAUCAACAAGCCUAAAAUAUUUCAUCAUUUAAACGAAUCAUUAUCGUCCGAUAUCAUUACGUUGUCUCAAUGCCAUGGAAGACGCUCGUGUGUGAAAUGCAAUUAUUCGAGAAAAGAGAAAAAGUACGCCAAAAGUAUACUUUUUUUUCUUGCUUGGAACUUAGUGCUUCUUCAAUCUAUCUAUUAUCUUAUUAACGCGUUUUGCGAGUUCACAGUAAUUUCUUUUAUCUUUAUUUUCGUUAAAACAAGAAAAGAUUAUUAUAUUGGGCUUUUUAUAGGGAUAAAACAAAAAAAAUAUAUAUAUAUAAAAUAUAUAUAUAAAAAGAACUGGAAAGAUCUACCGAUCUACCAAACACCAUACAAGAAGUUCAAGUUUAUGUUGUAAACACAUAAAAAAUAUACAAAUACACACACGCACACGCACAUACGCACAUACACACAACAUAUAUAUAUAUGUAUAUAUAUAUAUACAUAUACUCACGUACAAACACAUAUACAUAUCCAUGGAUGAAGUUAUGAACAUUCGUAAUAUGAAAACAUAAUUAAUUUAAAAAUCACUACUUAUGUGUUCAAUGUAUGUAUAUGCCGAAAGAAAUCUUUCCAAAAAAAAAAAUCAAAUUUUCGAUAUGUUCAAUAUCGUAUUGUGUACACAUAUACAUUCUCAUUAAUAAUCACAUAUAUGCAUAAUUAUAAUUCUUAUAAUUUUACAUUAAUUUAAUAUAAUAUUUACAAUUUUAAUUUGUUUCAAACAUCAGCUCGACAAUCGUAUAUCAUAUUUUUCACUUGUAACACUUGUCGACUCUACUACUUUUGUUUUAUCAAUUUCAUCUUCCUCAGCUAGAUUAAUAACAAAAAAAAAAAAAAAGUAUUAUAAAAUAUCAAGCUAGGAAAAAAAAAA